UCGCCCUGCCACUCCGCGGAGCCGGCUCUAUGGCAGCUUUGCGGGGUCUCUUGGGCAGGCACCGUUGUCGCCUCCCCCCGGAGGCGGCCCCCCGCCGGCCGCUGUGGGGCCUGAAGGCUGCCGGCUCCAGCCGCGAGGGGAGCCGGAGCGGGCUGAGCAUCGCAGCCGCGGGGGCUGCUGGCGGGGCGUUCGCUUGGUUCGCCUGCCACCACUUCUACGACCGCCGUCCCCACCAGUCGCCCCCCGCGCUGGGGCUCGGCAGCCGGAGGGAGCAAGGAGAAGCCGGUGCGCCGAGCCAAGGCCGGGGGCUGCUGUCCAUCCCUGUGGCGACCGCUGCCAAGGAGACGACGGUCACAGAAAACAGACCUGAUCAUGAAGAUCUAGAUCUUUAUGCAACUUCCCGGGAACGGCGGUUUCUAAUGUUUGCCAGUUUAAAAUUUGAAGGGCAGCUGUUUAUGACACCUUGUGAUUUCAUCCAAUCUGUUACAAGUGAUGAACCAAGACGGACAAAACAAUGGAAGACCCUUUCAAAACAGGAAUUGAAUCAGAUACUUGUUGAAACUCCACCAGUUUGGAAAGGGUCAUCAAAACUCUUCAGGAAUCUCCAAGAAAAAGGUAUAAUUUCUUACACGGAGUAUCUGUUUUUACUAUGUAUCUUAACAAAACCACAUGCUGGCUUUAGAAUAGCAUUCAACAUGUUUGAUACAGAUGGAAAUGAAAUGGUGGACAAAAAAGAGUUCUUAGUGCUGCAAGACAUAUUUAGAAAGAAAAAUGAGAAAAAAGAAAGAAGAGGAGAUGAAGAAAAGCAUGCUAUGCUGCAUCUCCAGCUUUAUGGAUACCACAGUGCUACUAAUGCUGUGCUCAAAACAGCUGGAGAGGAUCUUGUUCCAAGAAGCUAUUGGGACACUCUGAGACGUAGCACAAGUCAGGCACUCUUUUCAGACCUCGCAGAGCGUGCAGAUGACUUUACCAGUUUACUGUCUGAUACUACAUUGCUGAUACACUUUUUUGGAAAGAAAGGAAAGGCUGAGCUUAACUUUGAAGAUUUUUACAGGUUUAUGGACAACCUCCAAACUGAAGUCCUUGAGAUAGAAUUCCUUUCCUAUUCUAAUGGAAUGAACACCAUCAGUGAGGAAGACUUUGCUCAUAUACUAUUAAGAUAUACAAAUGUGGAAAAUACAUCAAGCUAUCUGGAAAAUGUCCGCUGCAGUAUCCCAGAAGAACAAGGCAUUACAUUUGAUGAAUUCAGAUCAUUUUUCCAGUUUUUGAACAAUCUAGAAGAUUUUGCAAUUGCAAUGCAAAUGUACAAUUUUGCGAAUCGUUCCAUAGGACAAGAUGAGUUCAAGCGUGCAGUUUAUGUGGCUACUGGUUUGAAGCUUUCACCUCAUUUAGUGAACACAGUCUUCAAGAUCUUUGAUGUAGAUAAGGAUGAUCAACUGAGUUACAAAGAAUUUAUUGGUAUUAUGAAAGACAGAUUGCAUCGAGGAUUCAGGGGUUACAAAAACAUACAAAAAUACACCACUUUCAAAUCCUGUGUGAAGAAGGAACUCAACAGCAGACAAUGAAAAACUCCACAAAUGGGUUGAAGAACUACUGUGUUUGCGUGAUGACUCUAACAGGCAAGCACUUCAGAAAGCUUUGGAAGCACCUUCUGAAUCAAAAUAUGCUGAGAUGAAUGCCAAGUCACAUCUACUUUUGAUCAGCAUUAAUGUUUGCUGCUUUUUUUCUUUUGCAAACUAACUACAGAAAUCAGGAACAGAUAGUACACUAAACAUUUUUCAGCUGAAACAGUAUCUCACAAUCCUAGACUAUACCUCCUAAAGCUCUCUACCUGUAUGAUCCAAAGUAAGACUCAUCUGAUACUUUCAGACUUGCUGCAUCUCCUGCAAGGGAUUCAUUUGUAUCUUUUUUUCACGUUUAAAAAUUAGCUUCUGACUGGUCAUCUGCAGAGCAAACCCAUCCCUUCUUAACUCAGUUUCACUUUCUCCCACCAGACUAGGAUUAUACUUUAUUAAGGUUUUUCCCCAUUAUCAUCUUUCAGUCACUUUGAACCUAUGCUAGUGAAGAAAUUUGGGAUGUAAGUCCUUAAAACAAGUAUAAAAGUGCAUGCAGUUACAUGUGAAAAUGCUUUAAAAAACUUUUCAGUGAAGAAAGAGCAGGGCAAUCUAAGAACUCUUUAUGCAGAACCCCGUAUCAGGGACAGACACUUCACAUGUAGCAAGAUUUGUGAAUGAUUCUUUACCACAUUUACCUGGGAGGAGUUGUUGUUUUUUGAGCAGGAUGGGACUGUUUCAUUUUAAAUACAAUGGUCACAAAAUUCUAUAAAAAUACAGAUUUAUUUGGAAAUAUUUUUUUAAAAAUCUACUGUAGUUUAUUUUCUCAUGCCAUUCCAUUUUUGUAGGUUGUUUCUUAAGCUGACUAAUGUGCCCAUAAUAAUUGCAGCUAUACAGGAGGAAAUAUUUCCAUCUGGUGUUAUCACAGGAACAUGGAUUCAAAGUAUGAAAUGAGAUUCAUUUUUAAACAAAAUCUAAUUGUGUAGAUAAAAAUUGUAAAGCUGUGCCUGUCACUAUGAAUUAUUAAAACUAAUUAAGGUCUUGUUAUAGAUAGAAUCUAAGAUUUUUUUAAAGAAAAACCUAUAGACUAUUUAAAUUGGAUAUUUUUUAUUCAAUCCUGGUGUUUUUCAUUAUUGGCAUUCAGUUUAAAACAAAUUAAGUACUUUAAUUUAAUUGAUCUAAUGAUAGUAGCUUUACUCUAUCACUUUGCUGUAACACUGUAGGUUGAUCAAAGCAUAUUGAUUUUAAAUUUUAUAAUUAUGCGUAAUACUACAAAAAAUAAAUGUAUACCUUAUUUAUUUAUUCCAUGCUGUUCAUGAAACAGCUUGGAUACUAACAACUGUGAGCAGAGCUCUAUUUGCAAAAUGGAUCUCUCACCCUGUCUUCUCCCUGCUGCUACCCUUGUGAGAGCUUCUGAAACCACAGACUGUGAUACUAUGAGAAAUCACCAAAGAUCUCCUUUUCAAGAACAAAAGUCACUCCAGAUCCAAAACUGUCCUCUUUUGUGUUUUCCUUAGAUAAUAAAUCUGCUAAAAAAUACUUUAGGUAUAGUAAAUGGAAUUCAGGUAACUGACGUGCAACAAAAAAUAGCCUUUAAAACUGUUGCUAUCUAUCUAUAGUUUUUAUAGCUGCAAAAGGAAUGCAAUACAUGUAGAAAUAUUUAGCCAUAUUCAGUCACAAACUAUUAUGUUUUGUUAUCUCUCUCUCUCAAAGCUUUUCAUAAUCAAAAAGAUUAUAAAUGUAGCUUCCAUUAAUUUAUAACACCAGCUUACUUAGGUUACAGCUCUAAAUGAGACUGAAGGUUGAUCUUUGAGUUAGAAAUCCAAGCUGGAAUCCCACUCCCCCCUUCUUUUGGAGUUUGCUCUUUAUGCUGUUAGCAUGGUAGGGGAGAGUUGGGAGGGUCUGUUCAUCUACUAAAUCCAUAGCUUCUUGCCUCCCAAAUCAGCCCUGAAGCUGGAAGGGGAUGGAGAGAGAUGGUAAUAAUUUUCUUCCCUCAUUUCUGCUCUUUCACAGUAAUUUAAUAGGGCUUCAGCUAUAUCAAAGACUGAGAUAUUAAAGUUUUCCCAAAUAGCAAAAUAGGAUUGUCCUGAUGAUAAAUCAUGUGCAUAAAAUUAUUGAACACUCUAAAAAUAUGAUUUUUUUCUUUAAAAGAAUCAACAGCUGCAAUUUUCUAAUAGCUCCUGAACAGAUAAAUGUAAUACAAUUUUCUUUUCAUAUGUGCUCUAAAGAUUCGUUCAGAUGGUUACCAGUAUCUGUCACAGCACGUCCACAUUUCCAUCAAUAUUGGUUCUAAUUAAAUGAAUAAUUGUAUAAAUAAGCAAGGUUGAAUCACAUUGCCACCUCCUGUACUACCAGUUGUUGAAGGAUGCUAUGAACAUUUGAACCAAUCUAACAGAGUAGCACUGGAUUUAUAUAUUAUCUUAUACGCAUAGCCAGAAGUCAGAGGGUUACCUAUGCCAUUAUAAAAGUUUUAAUCUUACAUAUAUAUCUCAUUAUUUCACUAAAAUUGAAACAGUACUCAUGGACUGAGAUUUGUAUUGACCUUGGUCUAAACAUUUUGCUGCAUGAAUAGGAAAUGCUUCUGCAGCUCCUCUAUCUCUUAAAAAUGGCUUGUAAGAUAGGGGAGAGUUCAGCUUUUCAGACUGCACAGAAAAAUCUGGAAAAGGAUGAAUUAGUGAAAAUCUACAAGAAGGGUGUCUUCCACUUCUACUUACAAGGAACCUCUUCUGAAUUAAGUUAAUUGAAAUCAAUGGAAUUAGAUGAUACAUAACUAAGAUUGCCAUAUCAUACUGAAUUAACCAGAACAACAUUUCCUAAAAUGCAUAAACUGAAAACAGAAAAACUGAGUCAGUCUUAAAGUAACAACUCUUAGGAACAACAAUACUGAAUAUGAUUUAGGACAAACUGGAUACUAGUCCAUAUUUCAAAUGGAGGGGAGAUAUUGUUAUCCUUUUAGAAAUAAGACCACUGUGAAUAAAUAACAGAACAAACAUUUGAAUUUUUCUUCAAAAUGUGCAUUUUUACAUGGCUGCUAUUAAAACUGAACAAAGUACAACAUUAAUUCAGAUAUGUUUUCAUUAGAAUCAUUCCUAUCUAUAUUAUUUUAUAUAAGAAUAGAAUAAGCUCAUUGUAUGUUUGAUUAUUUAGAGAAAGCAUAUGAUGAAGUAGAUAGGCUUGAAGUAUGAAACAUGCUAAAGGUUGACUGCUGAAUUUGAGUAUAGCAGUAUAUGAUGUAUGUAAAGCAUGUGUGAGAAUAAAUAGAAUUAGUGGACAAUUCAAUACUGAGCAGUGAAUAAUAGAAGGAAAUAUAGUGUCCCCUUGGUUGUUUAGUAUAAACAUAUAAGGAAUGCUUGCGCUGAUGUUAGAGGUGUGUUGGUUAAAGAUGUGAAUGUGUGUGUAUAUUUUUAUGCCAAUGACACCAUGUUAUUGGCUGGGAACCUGAAUGAUUUUCAAAGAAUGACAGAUUUGUAGCACAGAGGUAUAGAUGUGAAAAUUAAUGUAUCAAAGAUGAAGGUAGUUGCAUUUCACGUGGAGAAUGGAGGCAAUAAAAAUUGAAAUAAAUGGCAAAUAUUAGAGCAAGUGUCUGAAUUUAUACACCUUGGCAGAAUGCUUAAUAAACUUGGGGAAAUGGGUGGAAACCUUUUAAGACAUGUCAGUGCUCAUAGAAAGAUAGUAGAUAGUAUCUGAUCUGUUGCAAGGUAUGUUUGUUGAUAGAAGUAAAAAUGG